CAUCUCUCCCAAUACUUGUUGGAGAGGAGUGUAUAUUAAUGGUGUCACAGUUUCUAAUCAGUAACAAUAAUAACUGCUGUCCUCAAGCUCCACUCCUCCCUGCUCCAGAUGUCCCUCAGGCACUAAAUGGGUUAAUAAAAGAUUAUGUGUGGAACAGCUGUUCAUUCAUUCUCCCCCAUCCCAGUCGCACUGUUUUUGUUUAUCAGCCUGCUUUCAUUACUCUGGCCUCAGUCCAAAACCACACUCCAGGGUUCUUCACAUAACACACACACACCCACACACACAGUUAUUAAAACCCAUCCCUGUCUCUGACAUUCGAACUCUAGUCCCGUCCCCCACUAUCUCCUUUCUGGCCCUCUCACACUGUCUGAUCAGCCUGCUUCUCUAAACCUGCCCUCAGUCCCAAAUCCCGCCUCUUAGAGCUGUACACACCUCCAGGAAAUCAGAAGCACAGAGAAGUUCUGUUUGUUGUGAAAUCGUCAGUCUCUGUGUGUCACUGCAGCAAGAAUGGCUUCAAACUUGUGGUCAGAGGAGAAGUUUAGCUGUCCGGUGUGUCUGGAUCUACUGAAGGACCCAGUCACUAUUCCAUGUGGACACAGUUACUGUAUGGGAUGUAUUAAGAACUACUGGGAUCAGACUGAUCAGACAGGAGUAUACAGCUGCCCCCAGUGUAGAGAGACCUUUACCCCAAGGCCUGUUCUGCGAGGGAACACUAUGCUGGUUGAAGUUGUGGGAGGAUUUCAAAGGAAAAGGCUCUAUUCUCUUCCUGUUCAAAGUUAUGCUGGACUCGGAGAUGUGUCGUGUGAUGUCUGCACUGGGAGAAAGUUCAAAGCUGUAAACUCCUGUUUAACAUGCCUGGCCUCUUACUGCCAAACUCACGUCAAACCACAUCUUGAAGCUGCUGCAUUCCAGAGGCACAAACUGAUUGAAACAACUGAAAAUCUGGAGCAGAAGAUUUGUGCUGAACACCAGAAGGUUUUGGAGGUCUUCUGCAGAACUGAUCAGACAUGUAUUUGCUUGCUGUGUACACAAGAUGAACACAAGAACCAUGAUACAGUCUCAGCUAAGAAAGAAAGGACUGAGAGACAGGAGAAGCUGGGAGAGACACAGACACAACUAGAAAUGAGAAUCCAGGAGAGACAGAAAGAAUUGGAGGAGCUAAAACAGGCUGUGGAGUCACUGAAAAGAUCUUCACAGAGAGAAAUAAAGCAAAGUGAGAAGAUCUUUACUGAGCUGAUCCGAUCCAUUGAGAAGAUCCGCUCUGAGGUUACUGAGCUGAUUGGAGCUAAGAAGAAGGCUGCAGUGAACCAGGCUGAAGGACUCAUGAAGAAACUGCAGCAGGAGAUUGCUGAGCUAAGGAGGAGAAACGCUGAGUUCAAACAGCUUUCAGAUACAGAGGAUCACAUCCAUUUUCUGCAGAAUUUUGAGUCUCUCUGUGGCUCUCCUGAAACUGGAGACUUACCCAGCAUUACUGUCAAUCCAAACAUUUAUUUUGGGUUUGUUAGGGAAGCUGUGUCUCAACUUAAAGAGCAUAUUGAGGACUUUUGUAAGAAGAAAUUAAUCAAAAUAACCAAAACAGUGAAUGAAGUUACAGUUCACAGUCUGAAACCUCAAGUGCCAAGGCCCAGAGCUGAGUUUUUAAAAUGUUCCUGUCGGCUCACACUGUCCCCCAACACAGCGCAUAGAAUCCUCUGUCUGUCUGAGGGGAACAAAAAGGUGACAUGGAGGAUGGGAGAGGCCCAGCCAUAUCCUGAUCACCCAGAGAGAUUUGACUACCUGCCCCAAGUGCUUUGCAGAGAGGGUUUGUCUGGGACUCGCUGCUACUGGGAGAUUGAGUGGAGUGGGGGAGGGUCUUUUAUAGGAGUGACAUAUAAAGGACUCAGCAGAAAAGGGGGGGAUUGGUCCUGUAUCCUUGGACAUAAUGAGAAGUCCUGGAGUUUGUACUGCUCUGGUUCCAGUUACUCUGCCUGGCACAAUAACAAUAGAACUGCAAUAACUGCCCCCCACUCCCCCAGAAUAGGAGUGUAUCUGGACUUUAAUGCCGGUACUCUGUCAUUUUAUGGAGUCUCUAGUGACACAGUGACCCUCCUGCACAAAUUCAAAACCACAUUCACUGAGACCCUCUAUCCUGGGUUUUUUAUUUAUUUUGAUUCCAGUGUAACAAUCUGCCAGCUGGAGUAGCCUGUUCGGUGUUUGAAGAAACUUUAUGUCUUUCUUCUAUCAAGUUUUCUUUUUAAAAUAUUCAUUAUUUUUAUAUUUCUCUUUUUCUUUCUUUUCAUUAUUAUUUUUACUUCCUUUUUCUACCAAUCUUUCUUUCUCUUUAUUCUUUUCCUUUUCACUUUUUCUGUCUUUUCUGUACUAUUAAUGUGCUAUCUUAGUUUUACUUAGAUAUACUUUGAUAUAUAUUGCUUUAUGUGCAUGUCUCAGGAGAUGAAGGCCAGAUUGGAGUUUUACCUGAAAAAGGUGAACACUUGGCUUAAUAGGAACUGGCUGAAAUUAAAUCCUUUAAAAGACUGAGGUUUUGGUGGUGGGUUCGACUACUACUCUCAAGAAGCUUGGUAACAGUUUUAUCCCUCCAUACAUAAAUGGAACCAUACCAACUGUAGUAAAUAAAGCCAGAAAUUUGGGUUUUAUUAUAGAUAAUAAUCUUUCUUUUAUUCCCCAAAUUAAUAUGAUGAUGAGUUCUGCCACAUUUCUUUUACACAAUCUAAAAAUGAUUAAGCCAUUUUUGCCAGAAAUUACCUUUUGGACAGUAGUGCAAACACUUAUGGACCCCAAACUGUAUUAUUGUAAUUCUCAGGCCUUCCAGCUUGUCAGCUGAAUAGACUUCAGAGAAUAUAAAAUAUGGCAGCUCGCCUUGUAACUGUUGUGUUUCCAUAUUACUCCAGUUUUGAGAGAACUGCACUGGCUCCCUGUCCGAGAGAGAAUAGAUUUCAAAAUCCUUUGUAUGGUGUAUAAAGCCCUAAAUGAAAUAGGUCCUGACUAUCUUAAAGCUGUUCUUAAUGUCAGAAAUACUACAAGGCUGUUGCACUCAACCAGUUCUCUCCAUAUUUCACCUCCUAUAUUUUCUAUAAUUAAUUUUUAAUUAAUUUAAUUUUUCAGUUGCAAUUUUGAUUGAUUGUGUUCAAUUGUCACAGUAUCAAUAUUAUCUUGAACAAAAUUAAAGGGUUUAAAACAUUUUUAAAUUUCAAGCUUUAAAAAAGGGCUUUUUACACUACACCACCAAAACCUGGGUUGAGUGGACACGGGGUGGCCCUGGGGUGACUCCCCCCGGAGUUCAGCCCUGCAUGCAUUCACAUUUGCCGUGCUCUCCAAUUCUCGGGUUAAGAUUCGCCCUGGGGUUGAACAUGACCGUGUCACACUGCAUAUUUUCAACCCGUGUAAAAUACAGUGGCGGAAGUAAAUAUCCAACAUGGCUCCCAACAUGGCUUUCAUUUCUUUGUGUGCUUUAGUGCAUGCUUUUUUGAUUACUUUUUUAUAAUUUUUUUUUAGCAAUUUAACUUUCUCGAGGCACUGAGUCGCACUUUUGUCCUACCCAGUACUCUGCAUGGCAGCAGACAAUUGUGUGAACACUUUUAAGUUGUGUUUUGUUCCAUCCAGCUACUGCUGGAUAUUUUCAUUUGCCCAUAACAUGAGCAACUCCCGGACCUCAUUAUCGCUCCAUAAUGCCAUUUUUAUUUUUUAUUUACAAAUGCAUGCUGAUGCGUGAACCUUGCUCCUUGACGUUUGUUUUUUGGCUACAGUUAUGCGCAUUUUCAACCCGAGACUAGCGUAACCCUGUUGCAUUCACAUUUAAUUUUUCAACCCAAGGUGAGCGCUUCAUCCUGGGUUGAACAUUUUCAACCCUUGUUUCUGUCGGGGGUGAGUUCACUCCGUUUUGACAGUUUCGCCUCAGGUUGAAACUGGCAAUGUGAAAGCGCUUACUGUUUGAGCCGGGGUCAACUCGGGUCAAAAUGGCUAGUAUGAAAAGCCCUAAAGUAAGAAUAGCACCAGAAAUUUUGCUUAAAAGUUAGAUUCACCAUAAUAACGCAUUGAAAUUAAUACCCAUUGUAGAUAAAAGUGUGGUUUUCUUCACAAGUUCUAUCCCAGACUUGUUUUUAUUCAAUUUAAUAACAGUUAAUAAAUCAAUAUUUAUCAUUAAAAUAGAAAUGUUCACAUAUACAAUCAUAUUUCAUUAAUUAUACUUAAAAAUACUAUUGUAAAAUAUAAUUUACAAGUUUUUUCUACAAUUUACACACUGUAAUACCAAGUGUUUAAGAAUUAAACAAAUUAAACGCCUACAGGCAACAGAUAAUAAACGUGUCUUGAUGUUUAUUUUCUAAACACAAGUUCAACCUAGUGAUUAUAAUUUAAACACAACAAUGUGUUUAAAAGCUAAACACUUUGUUCAAAGAGAUGUUGAAAAACGAAACAUGAGCAUUAAAUAUAAACCCGUAUUAGUGUUUAAGAUAUAAACAAUUGUGACGUGCUUAACCAGUUGUGACAGAGACCGAAUGAUUUUUGGUGUUAGAUCUCCUUCCCGACCUGUGAGGGCGCUGAAUAAAGGGAACAGAGUGCCCUGGACUGGAUGGCCUGACAAUUCAUUCCCAGGGUUAGAUGCAAGUUGGCCAUCUAGAAAGGGGACUGAGCUACGGUACACUAAAUUAUUGACCCAGAAGGUUAACAGUGUGGCAUACGUGGAUUGGAGGAGUGGGUACGCUCGUUAACCAAGGGGUCAUGGGUGACGGUGUAUAAAGGGGACGUAGUGAGGUGAUCUGUUCCUUUGUUGAUGGUUGUGUUACAAAACCAGGAAAGACCUGUAUUGUAUUGUAUCGUGAGUGUUUUGCUUGUUUUGUCGUGUCUAACUGUUUGCUUGUUAUCAUUGUUAGACGGCUGACACGAUCCGGAUCUGUCGCUAGGGGCCAGCACAAAACCGGACAACACUGCACUGUGUAUCACGAUUAUUUGUAUUUGCACCACGAGCACUACAGCACUACAGCACUACAGCGUGUUUGUACAUUGUGUGUGUUUUAUAUCAUGUUAUUAAUUGCGGGACUGCAACCCUUUAUAACUACUGUGUAUUGCCAGAUCAUUAUUCUUUUCUGCCUGGUCAUCAGACCACCUGGAUUACAAAUUAAUAAACACAUCAUUUCAC